UCUGCCGAAGGACGUUGGUUCGAUUCCCAAGGACAUGUGGCUGCCUAGCGUGUCGACACUGUGCAUGACCUCCGGCACUGACCCGCCGUCAACGCCAUCUGUUGUCAAGAUGUUCACUAACUCGGUGACCAUCCGUUGGAAGCCAGCCGUUGUCUACGGAUCGAAUAGGGUCGAGGCACAGCUGGUUCGCUGCUGCGAGGUGAAACAGAUGGAGGAGGACAUGGCUCCUAGUCUGGCACGACACAUCAGCGUGCCUGUCGACGUCAGCAAGACCGUCGUAGGUGACCUGCAGACGGGGACAGUCUAUAAGAUGCUGAUCGAGACCAUAGUCAGUGUCAAGACGGACCUGAAGGAGAGCGCCGAGUCGCGGCGUACCGUACAUAUCAGCUCUGGUGCGCUGCUGCUGCGCACGCCCGCGCCCUCUGAGCCACCGACGCUGCUCGUCACGGGCUACACUACGAGCACGGUGAGCCUGUGUUGGGAGAGGCCGCUGCUCUUCACGCCCAUAGAGGCCUUCAACGACAAGGACAACGCAGGACCGAAGUACCUGCGCCGCAGGCUCAUAGGCUACAGGCUGGAGGUGAACGGACAGCCGUACACGCGGCUAGGUCCGGCGAUGCAGCACUGCAACCUCACCAAGUGUAAGCAAGGCAAGAGGUACAGCAUGGCGCUUGUCGCCAUCACCUGCACAGAGCAAGUGCGCAAGUACCGACGUAAGAAGUCGAAGCUAUCGAGCAGUUCGAGCGACAGUCGUGAGAGCAGUCUCAUGCCGCAGGACGACUACGGCAACGACGAGGCCUUCUCGGAACUUGUCAACCUAGUGCUGCCCUCUGAACACGCAGAUCCGGUGUCGAACAUCCGAGCAUCCUUCAAGCAGGGCCGCGUACCCUGCUCCGGCCAUAUCCUGCUGGAGUGGUCUCCGCAGCGCGUGGUCGGUCUCGUCAACUACAGGGUGUUCUGGCACACGCUCGACAAUCCGUCGGACAUGCAGAUCGUGUCGAUACCGAAGGACGACGCCGGCUGCAGCAUACCUAUCCUGGCCGAGCGGUGUGUCUACGAGGUGAGUCUACAGGCGGUGUUUCAGACCGGGGAGAACGUGAAGCUACCUGGCGUGCAGGUGGUCAUACCUGGCGCUCCCGGUGCGCCGGAGAUCUGGCUGCGCAGACUAGAGGACGACCAGUUCACCGUGGAGUGGGGAGAGCCGAGACUGUACGGCGUCGCCAUCGCAAACUAUCAGCUGUACAUCAACGACAGGAAGGCAGGCGCCCCGCUCAGUCUCCUCCAUCACAAGGCCGUCAUCCCCAGCCGCCAUGAGAGGGUGUAUAAGGUGACCAUAGUCGCUCUCACUUCCGACCCAUCCUUUACGGCCUCGCCGCACUCCAAGGCGCUGCACGUGGAAACCUACAGGGCGGACUCGACCGCAGGCUCCCAGCAGCCGGCGCCACUGUCGCACGACGUCGGCCUCAAGGUCGCGACCUUCACGGACACGACGAUCAGUCUGGACUGGAGUGUUCCGACGCUGGUGACGCCGGACAUCGCCUGCUAUCGUCUGCAGUGGUCGAAUAAUAGCGAGCCAGCGCGCGCGAGGUCAGGCUUGCGAGCACGGCGACAAGUUACGUCAUGGAGAACUGCUACGCUGGCGCACCUACUACAAUCGAAGCUGCUGCUGAUCAGUCACAAGGACCGAGGUGCCUCAGCCAAAUCACGCGCAGCUGAAACGUGCAGCGUCGAGCCGUCGCCGGACACGCCCAUACCUGAGCCCUCACGCGUGCAACUUCAAGAUACAUCGGCCUAUACGAGUGGGAGAACGAGCAGUGUACGGGUCGGCACACAUCACGAGCUACCCGUCUGUUCAUCAACGGAGUCGUGGAGAAGUAACCUCACGUCGCAGCAGACGCGUCACACGUUCACUAGCGGCGCCUCGGUGUCGAGAUUACGUGUUCCAGUCAGCCAACCAUCGGAGCCGCUGGUCGUCACGUGGCCUGGCGCAGAGGCGCCCUCUCUCUACCACAUGGCGACGUCGGAUUCUGACAGCAUACGCGUGCGCUGGAGUGACCCCGUCAUCAUGGGAGGCAUCAGGGUGGCGCACUUCAAGGUGCUAUGCGUGGAAGAGACUGCAGCUCACCUCAACCCGCGCGUGUACUGUGUCGGUCCGCUACACCCAGACACACGCGAGGCUGAGUUCCUGAACCUACAGGAAUCCCGCCUACCACACAACGUCUACCUAGAGAUGCAGGUGCACGGGUCGCCGGAGACGGUGACGUCACGGCCGAUCCGCGUCGACUCUGCGACGCCGAACUCGCCGAUUAUCUCCGUAACGGUCGUCGGUCUCGAGGAGCGACGUAAGAUGGAGAAGGUCGUCAGUCGCCUGAUCAACAAGCGCGACAGGCUCAUCCGCCGCCUGUACGUGUCCAACGUGAAGGAGGCCGCAGCGGAGAGCGCGGGGGAGAGGACACCGAGGUAUCCGUCGCUCUCACCAACACAGAGGAACUGCUCACGACAGCCUUGUCACCUCAUCGUGCACCUGAAGUGGAUCUGCCCGCAGCCAAGCAAGCACAUCGUCGUCAUCGGCUACAAGGUGUUCCUCGACGGCAAGCAGUACGGCUCCACUCUGCCGCGAUCCAUGACCAACAUCAAGCUCAGGCUGGACCUGGAUCAGGUGAGUCAUCGCAUCAGCAUGACUGCUGUCGUGGAGCGCCCCCAGGUGGCAGAAAGCUCCGAGUCGAGCUGCAUAGAGCUGCUGACGAAACCCUUCCAGCCAUUCUCCUUCUUCUGCUUCCACGGCGUGCACAGACAAGGCGCCAAGUAA